AUGACUUUGGUCUACACGCAUACCGCCACAUCUGCCGACUUCAACGCUCCUGGCACACCUAAAGCCGGCCGCGCAAUCUACUGCAAGCGGUGCAGUACUGUCGUAACAACAACACGCUUUCUCGUUUCACGAGCAUAUCGCGGAUUCCGCGGCAAAGCAGCGCUGUACAGCCAUGUCGAUAGCGAAGCAACAUCACUCGGCCCAACGUCCGUGCAACUGAUGCAGACGGGCGCGUACACCGUUCGCGCAUUGACUUGCGGAACAUGUCACGCAUACUUGGGCUUCACAUUCGUGCGCGCGCACGAGAAGACGGAGGAGUGGAAGGCGAAUCACUCGGUUUUGGAGGCGGCGUCCGUGCGCGAAGAAUCGGAUCCUUUGUCCGCAUCAGCACACUCGCCUUUGCCGCCCCUUGAGCCCGUACGCCCGAGCACGCCCGCAUCAGCCGAGACGGACAUGAGCGAUGUUCCGGAGGAGAUGGCCGCGCCUCAGGCGCGCCCACGUCGUCCGAUGCCUUCGCCGCAUGGGAGCUCGGUUUGGAGGAAGACGGUCGUGAAAUUGAGCUCGGCGGGACGCUUGGCCGGUUCACGGCAUUCUCGGAGUAUAUCGAGUUCCACGGAUGGGAGUCACCAUGCGCCGUGGGUGAUUGAGUAG